AUGUCUGCUAUUGAGAUGAUGGAUCCGAAAAUGGAUGCUGGAAUGCUCUGCAAUCGAGGAAAUCCAAAACCAUUAAAUUUUCAACAAGCGGUCGCUUGUGGUAAAUUAAAAAUAGAUGAACUUGAGCCCCAUGAACUUAUAGGCAUCAUAGAUGCAACAAUGGCUUGCAUUGUCUCUUGGUUGGAAGGUCACUCGCUUGCACAGACUGUUUUUACCAAUCUAUACUUGCACCAACCUCAUUCAGUAAUAAACAAAACUCUUAAAGCAUACUGUAUUGCAGUCUAUAAGCUUUUGGACUGCAUAAGAGAAUGCAUCAAUAAAGCUCAAGUUUUUGAAGAAGAAGAUUUUUUGCCGAUGGGAUAUGGAUAUCGCCUUGGCUCAAAUCCACAAUCAGGAAAUACAUAUGACGCUAGUUUGGAGGUUAGCGAACAAAAAUGUGUUGCAUUGCUAAGGGAACAAGAAGAGGAACUCAACAAGAAAGCCAAAAGUUUUGAUGACGAAACAAACAAUCUAUGGACAGCAUUGGCAGCUAGGAUUCGCUUCACACGGAUGUUCUAUCAAGCUCUCUUGCUAAUAACAAAAAGAGAUUCACAAUCCAGCGCAGAUUGUGUGGCUUUACUAAACGGUUGCUCUGAAAUGAUGAAGGUUAUUAUCAAGACCUCAGGGAAAGGCACACAACCAGUGGAGAACUCGGAUUCCCCUAACCCGAUGGGCUUCGAGCCGAUGAUCAACCAGCGGCUGCUGCCGCCCACGUUCCCCCGCUACACGCGGAUCAAGCCCCGCCACGAGGCGCUGCAGUACUUCGACGAGCUGGUCGCCAGGCUGAGGCACGCGUGGAAGAUCACAUCCUGCACCAACUUCCACGUAGCGCUGGACUUCUUCAUGGAGUUUAGUCGUCAGCGGGCCUGCAUUCUGUCGAGAUCGGCCCUACAGUUGCUCUAUUUGAGCCCGUCGCCGGCCACCACGGCGUCUUUGGCACAGAGCGCUAUAAACAUGCCCCCCGGACAGACUCGGCCCGCUCACCCCUUCGUGGAGAUACUAAGGGAGUCGAUCAGAAGCUUCGUCAACCCACCCGCACUCACCCCAAAGUCCCCGGCGGCGUCAUCUCCACAGGCUCGCGAGUUCGUGGAGAAUUUCCUGUUGCGCUGCGUCCGUCCGUUCGCGGUGCUGGUGCAGGUGUGCGGGUACAAUCGGGCGCGGCAACGUGACAAGCUCGCCUUGUUGUUGGACGAGUUCGCAGCACUACAGGAGGAGGCGGAGAGCGUGGACGCUUUAGUGGGGGGCGGGUGCGGCGGGGGGGCGCCGCGGGCGUGCUUCGGCACGUGGGUGCUGUACCACGUGCUGAGGGUCAUGAUCGCCUACCUCCUCGCCGGCCUGGAGCUCGAGCUGUACAGCGUGCACGAGUACCACUACAUAUUCUGGUAUCUGUACGAGUUUCUGUACGGCUGGCUGCUGUCGGCGUUGGGCCGCGCGGAGGGCCUCGCCGGCGAGGCGGCGCGCCGCGACUCCAGGCGCAGCGCCGCGCGGAAGCAGAAGAGGCGCACGCGGCCGUACGCGCGCGAGGCGCUCAUGUGCCAGGUGCUGCAGAACAUGUGCGGCGGAUACUACAAGGCUAUGGUGGCGUUCAAACUGCAAGGAAAGAUCCGUCAGCCGGACUCUGAGUUCGACAACGAGGCGGUGCGAUACAAGUAUCGCUUCGCCCCCCUCUCAGUCCUCACCCCCCCGCAAGUUCACUACCACGAGUUCUGCGAGAUGACUCAGCCAGCGAAGUACGAGAACCCUGUGAUGCAUUAUUUGGGCGGCUGCAAGCAUUUUCAGCAGGCUCGAACUCUUUUAGAAACUAUCACAGCCCCCGACCAGGAGGUGACCGAUCUCCUGAAAGUGGCCAAAACGAAUUUUGUAGUUUUAAAAGUUUUGGCAGGCGGACAUAAGCGGGAGUCCACAACGCCACCGGAAUUCGACUUCUCUGUACAUAGGAAUUUUCCUAUAAUUAAACUAGUC